CUCAAACCAGCUAGGACUCUGGUGCGACUUAGAAUUAAGUCAUUCGCACCCUGGCUGGCUCAAUCACCGACAAUCUUCGCCGCUCCAUCUUCAAAGACAUCAAAGCUCACAAUUUGAGAACGCAACAAACCAAAAAGCUUCCAACAAUCAAACCACCGCAACACCGCUACCGUACACACCAACAACUAUGAGCUUCUACCAACUUCCCGAUAACUUUACACCCGGCGACUAUGACGUUGUCAUCGGCAAGGGCAAAAAGUACUUCUUCCACAAAGGGAAUGCAAUGUUGAGAAACAUUGCUGCCUCGAUGCUGGAAGAGUAUUCCAGGUCAAAGACAAAGCUUGACAAAUCCUUGAUUAUCUCUGAUGUCGCUGAACAUGUGCGGGCUCAAGGUAGUUUCGUGAAACGAGACAACGCUUCGGACAAAUGGGUUCUAGCUGAAGACUUGCUUUGCCGUGAAAAGAUAUCUGCUGUCUUCCGAGAUGCCAUGCAUCAACGAUGCAGAAGCAGUACCCCUUCCACAUCUGGCAAGAGGGCGCUUCGUCGUGCAGAAGAACAGCAAAGCAGAGCAUUUGAUCCUUUGCCCAUGCUCCAGUGGAAGAAUCAGAUUCCCUCCUCCUUCACAUUCGAAUCAUCACGUCCCUCUUUCCUCCUAGAAAAAACUCAAUCUGAAACCCCAUUUCCAUCCUUGGCAACAGCUGCUGCAACUUCUCCAAAAACCGAUAUCUUCUCGAUCUUCUCAGUUGCGAUGGCAGACAUCACCGAAGAGGGCGAUCCCUUUGAACCCAAGCCUUUGUAUGAAGGUCCAGCGUCUGCCUAAGCAACUAGGGCAGGGUGUGUAUAAUAGAUUUAUAGGUUGACUUUAUAACUACAACUAAAGUAAAAGCUUUCACGAAGCAAUUGUGGCCUAGUUUGUUCACAGCGGUACUGCAUGGUUCUAUAGAACCCAUCUCCCAAAACAGAUAACUAUGUCUAGCUUUGGAAUGAAGGCAAUAUCCUACACAGCCGCUCUGUCAACUCUGCUCUUGAUCGAUUGAGAAGGCGUUCAUACAUCUAGCGCAACCUUGUGCCAGGUUGAUGGUUGCAGGUCAGGU